AUGUUGCUGCUACUCAGCUUGGUCUGCCUCGGCGCAAUCGUCAUUGAACCUGCUGCCGGCGGUACGCGUAUUAUAGGCGGCAACUUUGCGCUGCUCGGCCAGUUUCCGCAUCAGGUCUCAUUACAACUGCGCGGACGUCAUCACUGCGGUGGUUCACUCAUAUCGCCCACUAUGAUUGUCACUGCCGCCCAUUGCACGAUUGGUCAGAGUCCUUCGCAAAUGCGCGUCAUCGCCGGUACGGUGGAUUUGCUCACCCGUAAUGGAAAGUCCUUUGAUAUUGCGAAAUUCAUCAUACAUCCACAAUACAAUAAACAGACGCAAGACUACGAUCUCUCGCUUAUACAACUGAGCACGCCUGUAACGUUGGAUGAUAAUAUCGGCGUAAUUGCAUUAGCAGAUAUGGAGGCGAAUCACGCGGCCGACACGGUUGGCACUAUCAGCGGUUUUGGUGCGGUCAAUGGUAAUCUGCAGCUGCCCAAUCGCUUGAAGUAUGCCCGCGUGCAAUUGUGGAGUCGUGACUUCUGCAAUCCCAAGAACAUUCCCGGCAUUACGGACCGUAUGGUUUGCGCUGGUCAUCCAAGUGGUCAAGUCAGCGCCUGCCAAGGCGAUUCUGGCGGCCCAUUGACAGUGGACAAUAAACUUUUUGGCGUCGUUUCAUGGGGCUUCGGUUGUGGCGCAGCUGGUAAACCGGCUAUGUACACUUACAUCGGUGCACUACGCUCUUGGAUCAAACAGAACUCUGGUGUUUAA